AUGUCGUCGCAUGCCCAACCCGCUGUUCAACAUGAACACUUCAAGACUUCUGAUAGUCAGAAUGACGCUCAAGACACAUAUUCCAUCGGAGAGAGUUUGUCUUCGGUAGAUACACAGACCGAUCAUGAUGCGUUGGGUCGACCGUCACUGACAGCCCAGUCGACGCGUGCAUCGGGGCAUAUGUCGCUAGCUGAGCGAGUCACUACCAUCCCAACGAAUAUGACCGCCGACCCGAAUUUCGAGGUUGAUUUCGAUGGGCCGGAUGAUCCUCAGAAUCCCAAGAAUUGGAAGCGGGGCUACACAUCUAUGGCCUUGCUUUUUUUGUCUUGGAAUACUCUCAUUGUGGUUUUGUAUUCAACAGCAUAUACAUCUGGUGCGACUCAAAUGGCCGCUCAGUUCGGACAGUCGAAACUGAUUAUUGAUCUGGGUUUGACCUUUUAUCUAUUCGGUCUGGCCAUUGGGUCUAUGUUCAUGGCACCGCUCAGUGAAGUCUACGGCCGGAAACCCGUUUGCGUUGGUUGUCUGUUCGUCUUCACGGUUUUAGUCAUUCCUUGUGCUCUGGCCAAAUCAGUCGUGACUUUGAUUGUUGUUCGAUUCAUUGCUGCUUUCUUUGGUAGUGUCAUGAUUUCCACAGCUCCUGGCAUGAUAUCCGAUAUGUUCGAGCCCGAGCAACGUGGCAUGGCUAUUUCGGUCUGGAGUAUUGGACCGCUGAACGGACCAGUGAUUGGUCCGAUCAUUGGAGGCUUUGUCACGCAGUAUCUCGGCUGGCGCUGGAUGGACUGGAUCGUGCUCAUACUAUCAGGUGUUGCCUUUGGCUUUUCUGUCAUUCUGAAGGAAACUUACACUCCGACAAUUCUUCAAAAGAAGGCUGCGCGUAUUCGCAAGGAGACUGGUGAUUCUCGCUGGUGGUCUCGUUACGACCAAAAGGAUGAUAUCACCACAAUUCUCAAACUGAAUCUGAGCCGGCCAUUUGUCAUGCUAGUAACCGAACCGAUCUGCAUUUUCUGGGAUAUUUACGUUGCCAUCGUUUACGGUAUCCUGUACCUAUGUUUUGUGGCCUACCCAAUAGUUUUCGGCGAGAUCCGAGGCUGGUCUCUUGGUAUAUCCGGUCUAGCAUUCCUCGGUAUCGGAAUCGGAUCCAUGAUCACCAUCACCUGCGAACCACUUGUCCGCCGCCUGAUCAACAGUCAUCCAAAAGACCCAGAAACAGGCAGAGUCUACCCAGAAGCCAUGGUAGCGUUCAUGUGUAUCUGCGCCAUUCUAAUUCCAGUCGGUGAGCUCUGGUUCGCCUGGACCUGCGCCCCGAAAACGAUCCACUGGAUCGUCCCUCUUCUGGCAGGAAUUCCAUUUGGUGCUGGUAACACGGGUGUGUUCAUCUACGCCUCAAAUUACCUUACCAACAGCUAUGGCAUGUAUGCUGCCUCUGCACUAGCUGGCAACUCUGUGAUCCGCUGCAUUCUGGGUGGUGUGCUGCCGCUGGCCGGUUCGUCCAUGUAUACCACUCUAGGUGCUAACUGGGCUGGCACUCUCCUGGGUCUGUUGGAGGUUCUAAUUGCUCCGAUUCCAUUUGUUUUCUAUAAAUACGGCCAUAUCAUUCGUCAAAAGAGUAAUUUGAUCACUCGAAUGCAGGACGACAAGAAGAACGACGAUGCCAAGCGUGCGCGUAGACUGGCUCGAAUGCAGCCAGAUUCCCAUGACGUGGAGAAGCAUGUAUAG